UCCAUUACCCUUUUUUGAAUAACCAGACACCAAUCAAAGUCUCAAACAUAAAAAACAAACAAAACAGCUUCAACCUCUUAUGCAACAAAUAACUCUCUUUCUCUUUCUCUCUCUCAGCUUAAUCAAUUAUACCCAUCAUCUUCCUUUAACCACGCCUGCUCAAUUUGGUGCCGCAUGCUAUUCCUCAUCUUACCUAUGUAUGAAUUUUCUGUGACACUCUCUGACUUCUCCACUAACCCUUUUAAUAUAACCAUUCCCAUCAAAAUUUCAACUGUAAAAUUCACUACUUUAUACACACUUGAGUUUCAAAGCUUCAAACUUUGACAUGUUUUUGUGUUUUUCUUCUUAUUAAUCUUAAAGGGUCAUUUCCAAUUUCUCUCAAAAAUCUUGUUCUGGUUUCUUUGCUUCACAUGAAUGCAAAAUUCAGUAUACUUGAGUUUCAAAGCUUCAAACUUUGACAUGUUUUUGUGUUUUUCUUCUUGAAAAUCUUAAUGGGUCAGUUCCAAUUUCUCUUAGAAACUGUGUUUUGGUUUCUUUGCUUUAUAUGAAAUUUUCAGUUCUUUUGUGUUCUGAGCUUCUUAAAGGUAACACCUUUGAGGUUAUAUAAGUCUUAGAGUGAGUGAAUUUCACUAUUUCAGCAACCCAUUUUGAUUCUGCGGAAGAUUUUUUUGAAGGAAAGUGUUACUUUGUAGCAGAAAUGGUUGCAGAAGCUUGGAUUGUAAAAAUGGGUAACCAAGUAAGUUCAAACCUCAAACAGGCUCUUCUUCUUGAAACUUUAACAAAGAGAAAAAAAAAGAACCAAAAAAGGUCAGAAAAAAACAAAGAAACUAUAGGAAUUCUUUCUUUUGAAGUAGCAAAUGUGAUGUCAAAAACUGUUCACCUUCACAAAUCACUCUCAGAGUUUGAGAUCUCAAAGCUUAAAAAUGAGAUCUUGAACUCUGAGGGUGUUAAGAAUUUGGUUUCAUCUGAUGAGUGUUAUCUUCUUGAGCUUGCUUUAGCAGAGAAGCUUGAAGAGUUGAGCCGGGUUGCUAGUGUUGUUUCUAGGUUAGGUAAGAAGUGUUCUGAGCCAGCUUUGCAAGGGUUUGAACAUGUUUAUAGUGACAUUGUUGGUGGUGUUAUAGAUGUGAAGGAAUUAGGGUUCUUAGUUAAGCAUAUGGAAGGAAUGGUGAGGAAAAUGGAUAGGUAUGUUAAUGUUACUAUGAAUUUGUAUAGUGAAUUGGAGGUUUUGAAUGAGUUGGAACAAGCAGUGAAGAAGUUUCAGAAUAAUCAGCAUGAGGAGAGUAAGAAAGCUUUUGAGCAGAAACUCAUUUGGCAGAAGCAAGAUGUGAGACAUCUUAAGGAUGUUUCUCUUUGGAAUCAGACAUUUGAUAAGGUUGUUGAGUUGUUGGCUAGGACAGUUUGUACUAUUUAUGCUAGGAUUUCUGUAAUCUUCGGCGAAACUGCUUUGAGGAAGAAUAGUCUUGGAUUUGGUGGUGGCUCGCCAGUUAUGCAAAAUGAAUGUGGGUUUGUUUCUGGUCAUAUUAGUGGUCAGAUGAAUUCGGAGAGGUCGAACUUGAAACGUAAUACGAGCAAGAGAAAUGGAUAUCAUUCAGGUUCGAUUACGAGAACGGCUGCGGUGGAGAGAAGGGGAGGUACUAGUGGUAAGCCACGGAUUGACAUGAUGAGGAGAGGUGAAUUAGCGCCCUUUCGUCCAGAAGAUUUUGGUUUUCCGUGUGGAACUAGUCCAGGGAGACUUUUUAUGGAGUGUCUAAGUUUGAGCAGCUCAGUUGCAAGAUUUGAUGAUACCGAUGAUAUCGAUCAUGAGGAUCAAUACAGUCACAUAUCUAGCAGUCGCCAUGGUGGAAUUGCAAUGAAUAGCAUGAAAAAGGAAAAUUUGUUUCAUUCUGGUGUUCUAAGUCAUGUUCAAAGUGGCGUUUCUUUCACCGGAGAUCUAAGACAAACCAAAUCCGGUGUACUAAGUUGCUCAACAUCUAGUCCAAAAAGUAGGUUAGCAGUUUAUGCUCCUUCUUCGACUCUCGGAGGAUCUGCAUUAUCAUUGCACUAUGCCAAUGUCAUAAUUGUCAUCGAGAAGUUGCUUCGCUAUCCGCAUUUAGUUGGCGAGGAAGCCAGGGAUGAUCUAUAUCAGAUGCUACCAACAAGCGUAAGGUUAUCUCUUAAGGCGAAACUGAAGUCGUACGCCAAGAAUUUGGCGAUAUAUGACGCCCCUCUUGCUCAUGACUGGAAGGAGAAUCUUGAUGGAAUACUUCGGUGGCUUGCGCCUCUAGCUCAUAAUAUGAUGAGAUGGCAAAGCGAGCGUAAUUUCGAGCAGCACCAGAUUGUUAGCAGGACGAAUGUUCUGCUAAUUCAGACUUUAUAUUUUGCUGACCGCGAAAAGACCGAGGAAUCAAUCUGCAAUCUUCUUGUCGGGUUGAAUUACAUUUGUCGUUACGAACAGCAGCAAAAUGCGCUGCUCGACUGUGCAAGCAGUUUCGAUUUUGAAGAUUGUAUGGAGUGGCAAUUGCAAUGUGGAGCUUCUUUUCUCAAUUGAGUAGAUGCUAAAUUUUGAAAUUCCUCAAUUUGGUGAGCAUUUUAUUCAUUUGAAAUAUUUUAUGAGGGUGUCAUCAGUAUGUUUGUAUUUUAAUUACAAUUAUUAUAAUUUUACUUGUGCAAUACAUAACCAAUCAUUUAUAGAGAGGCAAAAAAAAAAAGUUCAUGUUGAAUUUGUAAAUAAGUGUAUGUACAUAUUGCAUAUUACUUAGAGUUUGAUUUAUUAGAAUUAUUAUUGUCAUGAAUGAUUACCACAAACUAGCUUUAGUAUUUUAAGUUAAUCUUGAACUUGGUGUUGAUUUAUUGGUA